AUGGACGAUGACGCGAAUAUUUCGGUCGUAAUUUCCUACACCAUCAUGUUUGAGAAGUUCAAAGCAGCAAAACCUGAGCUUUUCACGGGUGACAUCCCAUUAAAAGCUGCCAAUGCGGCUGCCAUUGCUGCUAGAGUUUGGGAGGCGACGAUACCCGGAUUGGCAAAUAAAAUUGAGAAGCGGGUGGGCAAAACAUGGCUUAAACAAUUUAAAGAAGACAAGAAAUUGGGAUUGAAAGAGCUCUCCCUGUUGGUUGAAGAAAAGGUUGAUUAUGACCUCAUUGAAGAAUUUCUACAGUAUUAUGAGAUGCCUAGAAUGGCCAUUUUUGUGUACAAACAGCUUGUUUCUGAUUACAAGGAGGGUCAUCUCUUACAAAAAAAAUCUUUAAUGGAUAACCCCCCUUAUAGGAUGCAAAAUGUGUAA